AUGCUAUUCUUACAUCGAUAUAUUAUUUUAUGUACACUUGCUACAUUAAUCAUCAAUGUUAUUGGUCAAAACGCAUGUCAAGAUUUCUCAGCUGAUGCAGGAAAUUGUACAAAAUUUAUUCGAUGUUUUCAACACUUACGUAUUCGAUUUACAUGUGCUCCUGGUACAGCAUGGGAAGAUUCACUUAAAACAUGUGUAUGGCUAGAACAAGUUGAAGCCUGUCAACAAGUUAAAAAACAACGUCAACUGGAUACAACUAGUGAUAUGGUUACAUAUGAUGCUGAUAUAAAUGCUCUUAAUGAUAUUCCUGUUGGUCAAACAUUAGCUGAAGCACGAGCACUUGGACCAAUUGUUACACCAAGACAAUAUCGAUGUUCAUUUUGUAGAACUGGUCUUUGUGGUAUUGUUGUUAAUACAAUUCAAUGUUUUUGUGGUAAUGUUCAAUGUCCACCAGCAACAACAACAACAACAACAACACGUAUGAAAUGUGUAUUUUCAUUUGAAAGGGAAUCUACUUAUUUUCAUAUUUUAGCUCAACCACGAAAUCCAUGUGCUGAUAGUCCAUGUUUGAAUGGUGGUCAAUGUGUUCCAGUAGGAACAGGAUUUAUUUGUCAUUGUCCAGAAACAUUUACUGGUAAUCGUUGUGAAGCACCAGCUCCUACACCUUGCCAACCAAAUCCCUGCCAGAAUGGCGGAACAUGUGUGCCACAAGGUACAUCAUUUUAUUGUCAAUGCCCAUCAACAUUUACUGGUUAUUGUUGUGAAAAUCGUGUAACUACAACAACACCAUUUAAUCCAUGUGCUCAAUCAGCUUGUCAAAAUGGUGGUCAAUGUAUUCCAGCAGGCAAUUCAUAUGUUUGUCAAUGUCCAAAUGGUUUUUAUGGUACUCGAUGUGAAUGUCGUAAUUAUUGUAUACCUAAUCCAUGCCUUAAUAAUGGUCUCUGCACACAAACAACAUCUGGUUACAUUUGUUCAUGUACAUUUCCAUACACUGGUACUAAUUGUCAACAAGUGAUAACCACAACAACAACAACAACAACUACUGUUGCUACACGUGCACCAUGUGGUAAUGCUUGUGCAUGUAUUGUAACACCAUGUCCAUUUGUUAUUGUAACAAAUCCAUGUGUACCAAAUCCAUGUCAAAAUAUGGGUGGAUGUGCUGUUCAAAAUCGAGCAGCAAGAUGUUGGUGUUCAGAUGGUUAUCAAGGAUAUUAUUGUCAAUUUAGACGUAGUGCUCGAUCAUUAAUAUCAAAAACAUGUAAUAAGACAUGUCUUAAUGGUGGUCAAUGUUAUAUAGAUGAACAAAAAGGUGGUCAACUUCAAUGUUCAUGUCCAAAUGAAUAUUAUGGACCAACAUGCGAAUAUAUGAAUCGACCAAAAUCAUGUUUACCAAAAAAUCCCUGUAUGAAUAAUGGUAAAUGUAUAACAACAAGUGUUGGUUCAGAAUGUGUUUGUCGAAAGGGUACAUUCGGUGUUUUAUGUGAACAAAUUGAACGAUCACUUAAGGAAAAAUAUUGUCCACUUGAUUGUCAAGGUGGUGGUACAUGUGUUUAUGUUGGUUCAACAGCAAAAUGUCAUUGUAAACCAGGUCGAACUGGUCGUUUAUGUGAAAAACUUUCUGUUGGUAUAACCGCAACUAUCGAUCCUUUUAGGCAAAUAACAUACGUACUUGCUAUUCUUAUUAUUAUCAUCACUCGAUAUACAGUUAUUGAUUCUGGAACAAUCUGUCGAUAA